CUUAUAUAUUAAAGAGUUAUCUUAAAAGUAUACUACUAAUAGAGACAUUUGUGUUAACAAAUUUGAAAUUUUGAAUAAUGUGCUUAUAUCAUUCACUUUGCAGCAACUAGAAGCUGGUGGAUGGGAUUGAAUGACCAACAAUCAGAAGGAUAUUGGAAAUGGACAGACACAAGUGCUCCAGCAAACUUUAUCAAAUGGGCUCCCGGUCAACCUGAAGGUGGUAGAAAGCAGAAUUGCGUUGUAUACAGCAUCCACCAAGCCCAUCGUUGGCAUGACGCAGACUGUCACACAAAAUAUUCAGUUAUUUGCAAACAAGGAAACUAGGCAUCAGGACGAUAACGAUAUAAAUCCGUGUUCAUUGCCGUAUUUGUCAUGUUCCUAAAAUAAACUUUCACAUUAUAUUUGUUACGCACUAUUUGUUAUGAAUGACGAACAGCAAAUAACUAGCUAUAACUCACACUUCUUAAACCAUAUAAAUAGCAUUUAUAGAUUGUUUUGACGUAAAUACAGCUUUUUCUCUCUCUUUUUUUAACAUCAUUAAACACAGAUUUACUUUUUGUACGCAGGAAAGAUUGUACUCAUUCCUAUACCUUAAAAGGCUUCAAAGUUAAUAUAGACAAUGUUUAUAUGUUUAGUAUGCAGUCAUCAUGCAAUAGUUUGUUUAUUUGUCACCAUUCAAACUAUUAAUAUUAGUCAAUGCUUUCAUCAUCAAAACUUUUUAUCUGAACUUUAAAUGUAUUUAGCUUUUAUAUAUCUUAUCAAGUAAUAAAUUUUGCUUAAAAAAAAUGUGUCAAACUUGUGAUUAAAACUUCACAUCAACACCUAA